AUGGCUGUGGGAGAGAGACAAACACAGAAGCACAGGCGCAAAACGCCGUCGUUCUCCUCUUCCCUCCUCGACGCCAUUUACCUCUCCAUCGACGAACCCGGAUGCGCCGCCGCCGCCGCCUCGCAACCCCACCAACAAUCUGAAGACUUCGUCCACCUCCGCAGCAACACCAGAAGAAACAACGCCGCCCAUUUCGAAGACGAAAUCGCAAGCCUCCGCCGAGCAAUCACGAAUCAUCUCUACACAAGAACAAAAUCCAAAGCAAUGAAGAUCUACGGAGAAUUGAAGAAAGUGAAAGAACCCAUUUCACCCGGUGGCAAAAUCGUAAAUUUCUUCAACUCCAUCUUCAGCCCCAGAAACCCUAAGCAGAAACAGACCACAGUGGAGGAAUGGAGCUCCUCAAUCAGAAAAUCAAGAUCAAUGAGGGACCCACCAACUACAUCCUCAAAAUCUUGCUUAAUCAAAAACCCGUCUUCUUCGAUAUGCAAUAAAUCGAAGAGGUCCGUUAAAUUCGAUGAAAACGAGUACUCGGUUAAUUCAUCAAUGCCGAGUGUUAAAAGCCGGCUUAUCAAGAAAAGUGUCGAGCUUUUUGAGAAUGAGAGUGACGGCGACGACAUGAGCUGCGCAAGCUCCGAUCUUUUCGAGCUCGAGAAUAUCGGAUCGUACGGCGGCGAAGAAUUGCCCGUUUAUGGAACGACGAGUAUUAAGAUGAAUCGAGCCAUUGCUUGUGGAUUCGCAAUGUAG